AGUGAGUACCGAGCAAGACUCUGUCAAGGGAAACCAGAUAUGACAUCUAAAUAAGGUAACCAUGGCAAUGGGAGAGUGAGGCUUCAUGAACUCCAUUAUAGGUGGGACUACCGUGUGCUGUUAGUCAUUGACAUUGAUAUGAAUCAAUCUCUCUAGUUUGGUCUCCAUAGCAGACCGCUUUGACUGGAUCAAUUUUAUCAACUGUUAAUAACUCAUAAUAACGCCACCCAUUUCGGGGCUUGUGUCUUAUUCCAAGUAACAGUCAUUGGAAAGGAAAAGUAAUAAUAUUGAUGCUAAUUUUAGAAGUAACUGAAUCUGAGUUAACAAUGGACAGACACUUAACAGAAAGCUUAAAUUGUACUUGAAUGAUGAAGCUUUUGAUUAUUUUUUAACGUGCUGGAAUCCUGUACAGGAUUGAUGAGUGUCACAUGGUGCACACCUCCAUGUGCUGUGAUCCAGUUUAUAAAAAGCACAUGAGUUACUGCUGGCUCCAGCACAGUGUAAGACUGAAGCCUGUGUGCUCCGUGCUGCAGGAAGCUAGGGCAGCUUGAGCAGGACUGGAGAGCGAAGCUGGAAAGAGUGAUGGAGGAGAGGAACGAGCACAAGCAGUUCGUGAAGAAGGAGAUCCAGGCUCUGCUCCUUAAGCUGUUCAAGACUGAGUGGCUGCACCAGACCCAGAUAUGUGACUAUGAGAUCAAGUACAGGGACUCACUAAAACUGGUGUCUGAGCUGCAGCGUCAAAUCGAGGAGCGUGAGGUUGCAGUUCUUCAGAACAAACAGGAGAAACUUGAGUCUUCUGCAUUUGGCGGAUUGCUAUAUAUUUACCCCUGCCCUCUGGAGACUGCUGGUGACAUCACUGACUGUAGUUUUAGGGUUUUCCUUCACAGCUCCUCACAGGAUUCGUCUGUCAUCAACUGCAGAACAACUCAUACAGUGCUGAGUCUAAUGACAAGACUGGGGAGCCCAAAGGAUGUACUGACUCUGCAGCCUAACUGGCCCCUGUUCUUCACUGGAGAGACCGUCACUCUCACGUGUUCGGGACGGCCAUUCAAACAUUAUGGAUUCGCGUGGUUCAGAUAUGAAUCAGAUAGUCGGCUGCUAAAGCACGCAUCCCAGGAUAACAUCUACACCAUCGCACCUGUUACUGAAGCCCACAGUGGUGUAUACACGUGUUCUGGUGAAUACGAAAGUGAUCCUGUCAGACUGAACGUGUCAGCACUGCCUAAAGCCACUCUAACGGUAGAGCCAAAAUGGCGCCCACUGUACAAUGGAGAGACCGUCACCCUGAGUUGUGAGGUGGACUCCGACAGCAACUGGAUAUAUUCCUGGUACAAAGACCAGGCCCAGAUGGCUGUGUCUCAGACUGCUGGUCACAGUGUAACUGGUAACAGACUCACCAUCCCUGGUGCAGCUGGGACUGACCAGGGGCAGUACUGGUGUGAGGGAAGGCUGGAGGGGAGAAAUGUGACAUCACAGCGCAGCAACUCCAUCACUGUUGCAGUACUGAGUCUAAUGACAAGACUGGGGAGCCCAAAGGAUGUACUGACUCUGCAGCCUAACUGGCCCCUGUUCUUCACUGGAGAGACCGUCACUCUCAGGUGUUUGGGACGGCCAUUCAAACAUUAUGGAUUCAUGUGGCUCAGAUAUGAAUCAAAUAUGUGGGUGCAAACGCACAGCUCCCAUGAAAACAUCUACACCAUCUCACCUGUUACUGAAGCCCACAGUGGUGUAUACAAGUGUGCUGCUGAAUCCGAAAGUGAUCCUGUCAGACUGAACGUGUCAGCCCUGCCUAAAGCCACUCUGACGGUAGAGCCAAAAUGGCGCCCACUGUACAAUGGAGAGACCAUCACCCUGAGGUGUGAGGUGGACUCCUACAGCAACUGGAUAUAUUCCUGGUACAAAGACCAGGCCCAGAUGGCUGUGUCUCAGACUGCUGGUCACAGUGUAACUGGUAACAGACUCACCAUCCCUAGUGCUGUUGGGUCUGACCAGGGGCAGUACUGGUGUGAGGGGAGGCUGGAGGGGAGAAAAGUGACAUCACAGCGCAGCGACUCCAUCAAUCUGACUGUUGCAGGUGAGUCUCAGUCACUUCUACAUUCUGACAGAAGAAACUGUGACCCAGUCUGUCUCCUUUCCACAGCCCUGCCUAAUGCCUCUCUGACUGUUGAGCCAAAAUGGUUUCCACUGUACAGUGGAGAGACCAUCAUUCUGAGGUGUGAGGUGGACUCCUACAGCAACUGGACACAUUUCUGGUACAAAGACCAGACCCAGAUGGCUGUGUCUCAGACUGCUGGUCACAGUGUAACUGGUAACAGACUCACCAUCUCUGGUGCUGCUGGGUCUGACCAGGGGCAGUACUGGUGUGAGGGGAGGCUGGAGGGGAGAAAUGUGACAUCACAAUGCAGCGACUCCAUCACUGUUGCAGCCCUGCCUAAGGCCACUCUGAUCGUGAAGCCAAAAUGGCGCCCACUGUACAAUGGAGAGACCGUCACACUGAGCUGUGAGGUGGACUCCUACAGCAACUGGACACAUUUCUGGUACAGAGACCAUAACCAGACAGCCACAUCUCUCUCUAAAGAGUACAGUGUAAACAUCACUGGGGCUGCUGGGUCUGACCAGGGGCAGUACUGGUGUGAGGGGAGGCUGGAGGGGAGAAAUGUGACAUCACAGCGCAGCGACUCCAUCACUCUGACUGUUGCAGUGCUGAGUCUAAUGACAAGACUGGGGAGCCCAAAGGAUGUACUGACUCUGCAGCCUAACUGGCCCCUGUUCUUCACUGGAGAGACCGUCACUCUCAGGUGUUCGGGACAGCCAUUCAAACAUCAUGGAUUCGUAUGGUACAGAAAUGAAUCAAAUAGUCUUGUGACAAAGCACACAUCCCAUGAAAACAUCUACACCAUCGCACCUGUUACUGAAGCCCACAGUGGUGCAUACUACUGUGCUGCUGAAUCCAGCAGUGAUCCUGUCAGACUGAAGGUGUCAGCACUGCCUAAACCCACUCUGACGGUAGAGCCAAAAUGGUGCCCACUGUACAAUGGAGAGACCGUCACCCUGAGUUGUGAGGUGGCCUCCUACAGCAACUGGACAUAUUUCUGGUACAAAGACCAGGCCCAGAUGGCUGUGUCUCAGACUGCUGGUCACAUUGUAACUGGUAACAGACUCACCAUCCCUGGUGCUACUGGGUCUGACCAGGGGCAGUACUGGUGUGAGGGGAGGCUGGAGGGGAGAAAAGUGACAUCACAGCGCAGCGACUCCAUCACUGUUGCAGUCUGUCUCCUUUCCACAGCCCUGCCUAAACCCACUCUGACUGUAGAGCCAAAAUGGUGCCCACUGUACAAUGGAGAGACCUUCACCCUGAGGUGUGAGGUGGACUCCUACAGCAACUGGACAUAUUUCUGGUACAAAGACCAGGCCCAGAUGGCUGUGUCUCAGACUGCUGGUCACAGUGUAACUGGUAACAGACUCACCAUCCCUGGUGCUGCUGGGCCUGACCAGGGGCAGUACUGGUGUGAGGGGAGGCUGGAGGGGAGAAAUGUGACAUCACAGCGCAGCGACUCCAUCAAUCUGACUGUUGCAGCCCUGCCUAAUGCCACUCUGAUCAUGAAGCCAAAAUGGCGCCCACUGUACAAUGGAGAGACCGUCACCCUGAGGUGUGAGGUGGACUCCUACAGCAACUGGACAUAUUUCUGGUACAAAGACCAGGCCCAGAUGGCUGUGUCUCAGACUGCUGGUCACAGUGUAACUGGUAACAGACUCACCAUCCCUGGUGCUGCUGGGUCUGACCAGGGGCAGUACUGGUGUGAGGGGAGGCUGGAGGGGAGAAAUGUGACAUCACAGCGCAGCGACUCCAUCACUCUGACUGUUGCAGUGCUGAGUCUAAUGACAAGACUGGGGAGCCCAAAGGAUGUACUGACUCUGCAGCCUAACUGGCCCCUGUUCUUCACUGGAGAGACCGUCACUCUCUCGUGUUCGGGACAGCCAUUCAAACAUCUUGGAUUCACGUGGUACAGAAAUGAAUCAAAUAGUUGGGAGCUAAAGCACAAAUCCAAUGAAAACAUCUACACCAUCGCACCUGUUACUGAAGUGCACAGUGGUGCAUACUACUGUGCUGCUGAUGAGAGGAGUGAUCCUGUCAGACUGAACGUGUCAGCACUGCCUAAAGCCACUCUGACGGUAGAGCCAAAAUGGCGCCCACUGUACAAUGGAGAGAUCGUCACCCUGAGGUGUGAGGUGGACUCCUACAGCAACUGGAUAUAUUCCUGGUACAAAGACCAGACCCAGGUGACUGUGUCCCAGACUGCUGGUCACAGUGUAACUGGUAACAGACUCACCAUCCCUGGAGCUGCUGGGUCUGACCAGGGGCAGUACUGGUGUGAGGGGAGGCUGGAGGGGAGAAAUGUGACAUCACAGCGCAGCGACUCCAUCACUCUGACUGUUGCAGGGAGCCCAAAGGAUGUACUGACUCUGCAGCCUAACUGGCCGCUGUUCUUCACUGGAGAGACCGUCAAUCUCAGGUGUUUGGGACGGCCAUACAAACAUCAUGGAUUCUCAUGGUACAGAAAUGAAUCAAAUAGUUGGGUGUAUAAGCACACAUCCCAUAACAACAUCUACAUCAUCACACCUGUUACUGAAGCCCACAGUGGUGUAUAUAGGUGUUCUGCUGAAUCCACGAGUGAUCCUGUCAGACUGAACGUGUCAGCACUGCCUAAACCCACUCUGACGGUAGAACCAAAAUGGCGCCCACUGUACAAUGAAGAGACCGUCACCCUGAGGUGUGAGGUGGACUCCGACAGCAACUGGAUAUAUUUCUGGUACAAAGACCAGGCCCAGAUGGCUGUGUCUCAGACUGCUGGUCACAGUGUAACUGGUAACAGACUCACCAUCCCUGGUGCUGCUGGGUCUGACCAGGGGCAGUACUGGUGUGAGGGGAGGCUGGAGGGGAGAAAAGUGACCUCACAGUGCAGCGACUCCAUCAAUCUGACUAUUGCAGUCUGUCUCCUUUCUCCAGCCCUGCCUAAAGCCACUCUGACUGUAGAGCCAAAAUGGCGCCCACUGUACAAUGGAGAGACCGUCACCCUGAGCUGUGAGGUGGACUCCUACAGCAGCUGGACAUAUUCCUGGUACAAAGACCAGGCCCAGAUGGCUGUGUCUCAGACUGCUGGUCACAGUGUAACUGGUAACAUUCUCACCAUUCCUGGUGCUGCUGGGUCUGACCAGGGGCAGUACUGGUGUGAGGGAAGGCUGGAGGGGAGAAAAGUGACAUCACAGCGCAGCGACUCCAUCACUCUGACUGUUGCAGCCCUGCCUAAGGCCACUCUGAUCAUGAAGCCAAAAUGGCGCCUACUGUACAAUGGAGAAACCAUCACAAUGAGGUGUGAGGUGGACUCCUACAGCAACUGGACAUAUUUCUGGUACAGAGACCAUAACCAGACAGCCACAUCUCUCUCUAAAGAGUACAGUGUAAACAUCACUGGGGCUGCUGGAUCUCACCAGGGGCAGUACCGGUGUGAGGGGAGGCUGGAGGGGAGAAAUGUGACAUCACAGCGCAGCGACUCCAUCACUCUGACUGUUGCAGCCCUGCCUAAAGCCACUCUGACUGUAGAGCCAAAAUGGCACCCACUGUACAAUGGAGAGAACGUCACCCUGAGGUGUGAGGUGGACUCCUACAGCAACUGGACAUAUUCCUGGUACAAAGACCAGGCCCAGAUGGCUGUGUCUCAGACUGCUGGUCACAGUGUAACUGGUAACAGACUCACCAUCCCUGGUGCUGCUGGGUCUGACCAGGGGCAGUACUGGUGUGAGGGAAGGCUGGAGGGGAGAAAAGUGACAUCACAGCACAGCGACUCCAUCACUCUGACUGUUGCAGCCCUGCCUAAAGCCACUCUGACUGUAGAGCCAAAAUGGCGCCCACUGUACAAUGGAGAGACCGUCACCCUGAGGUGUGAGGUGGACUCCUACAGCAACUGGAUAUAUUCCUGGUACAAAGACCAGACCCAGAUGGCUGUGUCUCAGACUGCUGGUCACAGUGUAACUGGUAACAGACUCACCAUCCCUGGAGCUGCUGGGUCUGACCAGGGGCAGUACUGGUGUGAGGGGAGGCUGGAGGGGAGAAAAGUGACAUCACAGCGCAGCGACUCCAUCACUCUGACUGUUGCAGUGCUGAGUCUAAUGACAAGACUGGGGAGCCCAAAGGAUGUACUGACUCUGCAGCCUAACCGGCCCCUGUUCUUCACUGGAGAGACCGUCACUCUCACGUGUUUGGGACAGCCAUUCAGACAUCACGGAUUCACAUGGUACAGAAAUGAAUCAAAUAGUUUUGUGUUAAAGCACACUUCCCAGGAAAACAACUACACCAUCGCACCUGUUACUGAAGCCCACAGUGGUGUAUACACGUGUUCUGCUGAAUCCACGAGUGAUCCUGUCAGACUGAACGUGUCAGCACUGCCUAAACCCACUCUGACGGUAGAGCCAAAAUGGUGCCCACUGUACAAUGGAGAGACCGUCACCCUGAGUUGUGAGGUGGACUCCUACAACAACUGGACAUAUUCCUGGUACAAAGACCAGACCCAGAUGGCUGUGUCUCAGACUGCUGGUCACAGUGUAACUGGUAACAGACUCACCAUCCCUGGUGCUACUGGGUCUGACCAGGGGCAGUACUGGUGUGAGGGGAGGCUGGAGGGGAGAAAAGUGACAUCACAGCGCAGCGACUCCAUCACUGUUGCAGUCUGUCUCCUUUCCACAGCCCUGCCUAAACCCACUCUGACUGUAGAGCCAAAAUGGUGCCCACUGUACAAUGGAGAGACCUUCACCCUGAGGUGUGAGGUGGACUCCUACAGCAACUGGACAUAUUUCUGGUACAAAGACCAGGCCCAGAUGGCUGUGUCUCAGACUGCUGGUCACAGUGUAACUGGUAACAGACUCACCAUCCCUGGUGCUGCUGGGUCUGACCAGGGGCAGUACUGGUGUGAGGGGAGGCUGGAGGGGAGAAAUGUGACAUCACAGCGCAGCGACUCCAUCAAUCUGACUGUUGCAGUCUGUCUCCUUUCCACAGCCCUGCCUAAUGCCACUCUGAUCAUGAAGCCAAAAUGGCGCCCACUGUACAAUGGAGAGACCGUCACCCUGAGGUGUGAGGUGGACUCCUACAGCAACUGGACAUAUUUCUGGUACAGAGACCAUAACCAGACAGCCACAUCUCUCACUAAAGAGUACAGUGUAAACAUCACUGGGGCUGCUGGAUCUGACCAGGGGCAGUACUGGUGUGAGGGGAGGCUGGAGGGGAGAAAUGUGACAUCACAGCGCAGCGACUCCAUCACUCUGACUAUUGCAGUGCUGAGUCUAAUGACAAGACUGGGGAGCCCAAAGGAUGUACUGACUCUGCAGCCUAACUGGCCCCUGUUCUACACUGGAGAGACCGUCACUCUCAGGUGUUUGGGACGGCCAUUCAGACAUUAUGGAUUCACAUGGUACAGAACUGAAUCAAAUAUUCCGCAGCUAAAGCACACAUCCCAGGAUAACAUCUACACCAUCGCACCUGUUACUGAAGCCCACAGUGGUGUAUACUACUGUUCCGCUGAAUCCGUGAGUGAUCCUGUCAGACUGAACGUGUCAGGGAGCCCAAAGGAUGUACUGACUCUGCAGCCUAACUGGCCCCUGUUCUACACUGGAGAGACCGUCACUCUCAGGUGUUUGGGACGCCCAUUCAAACAUCAUGGAUUCUUUUGGUACAGAAAUGAAUCAAAUAGUUGGGCGCAAAAGCACACAUCCCAAGAAAACAUCUACACCAUCGCCCCUGUUACUGAAGCCCACAGUGGUGUAUAUAAGUGUUCUGGUGAAUCCGAAAGUGAUCCUGUCAGACUGAACGUGUCAGGGAGUCCAAAGGAUGUACUGACUCUGCAGCCUAACUGGCCCCUGUUCUACACUGGAGAGACCGUCACUCUCAGGUGUUUGGGACGGCCAUUCAGACAUUAUGGAUUCACAUGGUACAGAACUGAAUCAAAUAUUCCGCAGCUAAAGCACACAUCCCAGGAUAACAUCUACACCAUCGCACCUGUUACUGAAGCCCACAGUGGUGUAUACAUGUGUGCUGCUGAAUCCAGGAGUGAUCCUGUCAGACUGAACGUGUCAGCACUGCCUAAAGCCACUCUGACUGUAGAGCUAAAAUGGCGCCCACUGUACAAUGGAGAGACCGUCACCCUGAGUUGUGAGGUGGACUCAUACAGCAAUUGGACAUAUUCCUGGUACAAAGACCAGACCCAGAUGGCUGUGUCUCAGACUGCUGGUCACAGUGUGACUGGUAACAGACUCACCAUCCCUGGUGCUGCUGGGUCUGACCAGGGGCAGUACUGGUGUGAGGGGAGGCUGGAGGGGAGAAAAGUGACAUCACAGCCCAGCGACUCCAUCAAUCUGACUGUUGCAGCCCUGCCUAAAGCCACUCUGACUGUAGAGCCAAAAUGGCACCCACUGUACAAUGGAGAGACCAUCACCCUGAGGUGUGAGGUGGAGUCCUACAGCAACUGUACAUAUUCCUUGUACAAAGACCAGGCCCAAAUGGCUGUGUCUCAGACUGCUGGUCACAGUGUGACUGGUAACAGACUCACCAUCCCUGGUGCUGCUGGGUUUGACCAGGGGCAGUACUGGUGUGAGGGGAGGCUGGAGGGGAGAAAAGUGACAUCACAGCGCAGCGACUCCAUCAAUCUGACUGUUGCAGCACUGCCUAAAGCCACUCUGACGGUACAGCCAAAAUGGCGCCCACUGUACAAUGGAGAGACCGUCAUCCUGAGUUGUGAGGUGGACUACUACAGCUGCUGGACAUAUUCCUGGUACAAAGACCAGGCCCAGAUGGAUGUGUUUCAGACUUCUGGUCACAGUGUAACUGGUAACACACUCACCAUCCCUGGUGCUGCUGGGUCUGACCAGGGGCAGUACUGGUGUGAGGGGAGGCUGGAGGGGAGAAAAGUGACAUCACAGCGCAGCGACUCCAUCAAUCUGACUGUUGCAGCCCUGCCUAUACCCACUCUGACUGUAGAGCCAAAAUGGCGCCCACUCUACAAUGGAGAGACCGUCACCCUGAGGUGUGAGGUGGACUCCUACGGCUGCUGGACAUAUUCCUGGUACAAAGACCAGGCCCAGAUGGCUGUGUUGCAGACUUCUGGUCACAGUGUAACUGGUAACAGACUCACCAUCUCUGGUGCUGCUGGGUCUGACCAGGGGCAGUACUGGUGUGAGGGAAGGCUGCAGGGGAGAAAAGUGACGUCAGAGCACAGCGACUCCAUCACUGUUGCAGCCCUGCCUAAAGCCACUCUGACUGUAGAGCCAAAAUGGCACCCACUGUACAAUGGAGAGACCGUCACCCUGAGGUGUGAGGUGGACUCCUACAGCAACUGGACUUAUUCCUGGUACAAAGACCAGACCCAGAUGGCUGUGUCUCAGACUGCUGGUCACAGUGUGACUGGUAACAGACUCAACAUCCCUGGUGCAGCUGGGUCUGACCAGGGGCAGUACUGGUGUGAGGGGAGGCUAGAGGGGAGAAAAGUGACAUCACAGCGCAGCGACUCCAUCAAUCUGACUGUUGCAGCCCUGUCUAAAGCCACUCUGACUGUAGAGCCAAAAUGGCACCCACUGUACAAUGGAGAGACCGUCACCCUGAAGUGUGAGGUGGAAUCCUACAGCAACUGGAUAUAUUCCUGGUACAAAGACCAGGCCCAGAUGGCUGUGUCUCAGACUGCUGGUCACAGUGUAACUGGUAACAGACUCACCAUCCCUGGUGCUGCUGGGUCUGACCAGGGGCAGUACUGGUGUGAGGGGAGGCUGGAGGGGAGAAAAGUGACAUCACAGCACAGCGACUCCAUCAAUCUGACUGUUGCAGCCCUGCCUAAAGCCACUCUGACUGUAGAGCCAAAAUGGCACCCACUGUACAAUGGAGAGGCCGUCACCCUGAGUUGUGAGGUGGAAUCCUACAGCAGCUGGAUAUUUUCCUGGUACAAAGACCAGGCCCAGAUGGCUGUGUCUCAGACUGCUGGCCACAGUGUAACUGGUAACAGACUCACCAUCCCUGGUGCUGCUGGGUCUGACCAUGGGCAGUACUGGUGUGAGGGGAGGCUGGAGGAGAGAAAAGUGAAAUCACAGCGCAGCGACUCCAUCAAUCUGACUGUUGCAGUCUGUCUCCUUUCCACAGCCCUGCCUAAAGCCACUCUGACUGUAGAGCCAAAAUGGCGCCCACUGUACAAUGGAGAGACCGUCACCCUGAAGUGUGAGGUGGAAUCCUACAGCAACUGGACAUAUUCCUGGUACAAAGACCAGGCCCAGAUGGCUGUGUCUCAGACUGCUGGUCACAGUGUAUCUGGUAACAGACUCACCAUCCCUGGUGCUGCUGGGUCUGACCAGGGGCAGUACUGGUGUGAGGGGAGGCUGGAGGGGAGAAAUGUGACAUCACAGCACAGCGACUCCAUCACUCUGACUGUAGCACUGCCUAAAGCCACUCUGACAGUACAGCCAAAAUGGCGCCCACUGUACAAUGGAGAGACCGUCACCCUGAGUUGUGAGGUGGACUCCGACAGCAACUGGAUAUAUUCCUGGUACAAAGACCAGGCCCAGAUGGCUUUGUCUCAGACUGCUGGUCACAGUGUAACUGGUAACAGACUCAACAUCCCUGGUGCAGCUGGGACUGACCAGGGGCAGUACUGGUGUGAGGGGAGGCUGGAGGGGAGAAAUGUGACAUCACAGCGCAGCAACUCCAUCACUGUUACAGUGCUGAGUCUAAUGACAAGACUGGGGAGCCCAAAGGCUGUACUGACUCUGCAGCCUAACUGGCCCCUGUUCUUCACUGGAGAGACCGUCACUCUCACGUGUUCGGGACGGCCAUUCAAACAUCUUGGAUUCACGUGGUACAGAAAUGAAUCAGAUAGUCGGCUGCUAAAGCACGCGUCCCAGGAUAACAUCUACACCAUCGCACCUGUUACUGAAGCCCACAGUGGUGUAUACAUCUGUGAGGCUGAUUCCACGAGUGAUCCUGUCAGACUGAACGUGUCAACCCUGCCUAAAGCCACUCUGACUGUAGAGCCAAAAUGGCACCCACUGUACAAUGGAGAGACCGUCACCCUGAGGUGUGAGGUUGACUCCUACAGCAACUGGACAUAUUCCUGGUACAAAGACCAUGCCCAGAUGGCUGUGUCUCAGACUGCUGGUCACAGUGUGACUGGUAACAGACUCACCAUCCCUGGUGCUGCUGGGUCUGACCAGGGGCAGUACUGGUGUGAGGGGAGGCUGGAGGGGAGAAAUGUGACAUCACAGCGCAGCGACUCCAUCAAUCUGACUGUUGCAGCCCUGCCUAAGGCCUUUCUGACAGUAGAGCCAAAAUGGCGCCUACUGUACAAUGGAGAGAACGUCACCCUGAGGUGUGAGGUGGACACCUACAGCAACUGGACACAUUUCUGGUUCAGAGACCAUAACCAGACAGCCACAUCUCUCUCUAAAGAGUACAGUGUAAACAUCACUGGGGCUGCUGGAUCUGACCAGGGGCUGUACUGGUGUGAGGGGAGGCUGGAGGGGAGAAAUGUGACAUCACAGCGCAGCGACUCCAUCACUCUGACUGUUGCAGUGCUGAGUCUAAUGACAAGACUGGGGAGCCCAAAGGAUGUACUGACUCUGCAGCCUAACUGGCCCCUGUUCUUCACUGGAGAGACCGUCACUCUCAGGUGUUUGGGACGGCCAUACAAACAUCAUGGAUUCAUGUGGUACAGAAAUGAAUCGAAUAUUUGGACGCUAAAGCACAAAUCCCAGGAUAACACCUACACCAUCGCACCUGUUACUGAAGCCCACAGUGGUGUAUACUACUGUUCCGCUGAAUCCAACAGUGAUCCUGUCAGACUGAACGUGUCAGCCCUGCCUAAAGCCACUCUGACUGUAGAGCCAAAAUGGCACCCACUGUACAAUGAAGAGACCGUCACCAUGAAGUGUGAGGUGGACUCCAACAGCAGCUGGACAUAUUUCUGGUAUAAAGACCAGGCCCAGAUGGCCGUGUCUCAGACUGCUGGUCACAGUGUAACUGGUAACAGACUCACCAUCCCUGGUGCUGCUGGGUCUGACCAGGGGCAGUACUGGUGUGAGGGGAGGCUGGAGGGGAGAAAUGUGACAUCACAGCGCAGCGACUCCAUCACUCUGACUUUUGCAGCCCUGCCUAAAGCCACUCUGACUGUAGAGCCAAAAUGGCACCCACUGUACAAUGAAGAGACCGUCACCCUGAAGUGUGAGGUGGACUCCAACAGCAACUGGACAUAUUCCUGGUACAAAGACCAGGCCCAGAUGGCCGUGUCUCAGACUGCUGGUCACAGUGUAACUGGUAACAGACUCACCAUCCCUGGUGCUGCUGGGUCUCACCAGGGGCAGUACUGGUGUGAGGGGAGGCUGGAGGGGAGAAAUGUGACAUCACAGCGCAGCGACUCCAUCACUCUGACUUUUGCAGCCCUGCCUAAAACCACUCUGACUGUAGAGCCAAAAUGGCACCCACUGUACAUUGGAGAGACCGUCACCCUGAGGUGUGAGGUGGACUCCGACAGCAACUGGACAUAUUCCUGGUACAAAGACCAGGCCCAGAUGGCUGUGUCUCAGACUGCUGGUCACAGUGUAACUGGUAACAGACUCACCAUCCCUGGUGCUGCUGGGUCUGACCAGGGGCAGUACUGGUGUGAGGGGAGGCUGGAGGGGAGAAAAGUGACAUCACAGCGCAGCGACUCCAUCACUGUUGCAGCCCUGCCUAAUGCCUCCCUGACAGUAGAGCCAAAAUGGCGCACACUGUACAAUGGAGAGAUCGUCACACUGAGGUGUGAGGUGGACUCCUACAGCAACUGGACAUAUUUCUGGUACAGAGACCAUAACCAGACAGCCACAUCUCUCUCUAAAGAGUACAGUGUAAACAUCACUGGUGCAGCUGGGUCUGACCAGGGGCCGUACUGGUGUGAGGGGAGGCUGGAGGGGAGAAAAGUGACCUCACAGCGCAGCGACCCCAUCACUCUGACUGUUGCAGACCCAACAGUGAUUCUGCCCAUCGCACUUGGAGUUGGAUUCUGUCUGAUUGUUUUAGCCCUGAUUUUCAUUCUCUUCCAGAAACACCGCAGGAACAAAGGUUUGAGCCAGGCUGCUGGACCCAGCUGUGAGCCCCUGCAUUCUCAGGCCAAUGUGACCAAUCAGAAGAAGAAAAGGAAAGAAGCUGGAGGCCAUGAGGAUGUGGUUUGCUCAGUUCUGGGCCUGCAAGACCAGAAGUCGAAGAACACCCCCAAAGCUGAAGGUUGUGACAAUGUUGUUUACUCAAUCGUGGCCUUGGAGGACCAGAAGAAAAAGAAGCGGAAGGAGAAGAACACUCAGAAAGCUGGAGGUUGUGAGGAUGUGGUUUACUCAACUGUGAACAAGAAGAGGAUGAAGAAGAACACAGAUGAAGCUGAAGGAGCUAAUGAUGUUGUUUAUUCAACCCUGGCCUUGGAGGACCAGAAGAAGAAGAAGAAGGAGAAGAACACUGAGAAAGCUGGAGGUUGUGAGGAUGUGGUUUACUCAACUGUGAACCAGAAGAGGAUGAAGAAGAACACAGAUGAAGCUGAAGGCGCUAAUGAUGUUGUUUAUUCAACCCUGGCCUUGGAGGACCAAAAGAAGGAGAAGAAGAAGAAGAAGAAAGAGAAGAACACUGCGAAUGGCGACGCAGAUGUGCUGUAUUCCACAGUCAGGACUGGACAAAGAGAGCAACACUGGCUCCCUGAUCCUCUGCCUUUAUAGUUUCCUCCAGACCAGGUUUUACUUCAUGCUGGUUAUAAAGCGCUGCAUUCUCGUAUAGAUGCCUGACCUUGAGGAUCAGUACAGCACAGUACAGAUCAGCAUUUCCCCUCCCCAUUUCAAAUAUUUCUGAAUGUGUUUUUACUUUAUUUUUUACUGACUAUAAAAUAUUGUGUCAAAGCUUAGGUUCAGAUUAAUGAAAUAUGGCAUAAAAGGACUGCUUUUGACUUUUAGUGUAUAGUGGAUAAGAUUAGGAUUUUGACAGUGGAAACAUGGUCUUAGAUCAGUGCUCCCACUACAUGAUACUUUAUGAAUAUGGGUCUGGAUCUUUAUUCAACACAGAAGAAUUAUCUGCUCCUUAUUUCAACAUGCAUCUGCUUUCACUGUAUUUUAUUUACCUAUAGACCUGUAAUAGAUGUACUUCAAUAUUAUCUGAAAGUGAAUCCUGAAGGGGUUAUAUGGUUUCUUUUAAUUAAAAAUGCUGAAAACAGUAAAUCAAAUUAUUUCAAGACUACUUUAAAGAUGAUUCUAGAUAGACAUAAAUAAAAAUAUGAAAAAAGGCUUUUUGAACAAUCGCAGAUGUUAAUGCCUGAAAAAAAAGAGAGAGAUUACAGAUAUGAUGCAACGCAAAAGCAUUAGAUACCUCAAUGAACCAAAAUAAAUGAGUAAAUCACAUCACCCGUUCUAGGAGCGUCUCGGUGCUCACCAGUGACCCCUUCUGGCCAACUGGGUGACUACAGUCUGCAUGCACAACCCCGGUAAAAGUUGUUCUCUGACUCCUGGCGGCCUGCAAAGAAGAAUCAUGUGUUUUAGCGGAGAGUGUGUGCUUUUCCGCAAUGUCACUAACUAAACGAGAAAACAAAAAAAAAAAAAAUGCACAAACACACAUAUGCAGAGGUUUCCAGAACCAAGAGAAAAUUUGGGUAAGAGAAAAUAAAAUGAAUAAGUCAACCCAUUCCUAGAGGAACUCCAAGCUUGCAUCGCCUGGUCUUGAUUUAAUUGAUUUAUCUUUCAAUUAAAUAAAGUUUUUCCGCAAUUGUAAAGCACUUUACGCAGAGACGCUGUCACAGAUACGCUUUACAGUGAACUUAGAAAAUCUCUGGGGUUCUUUGGGCUGGCGGCGUGAUUCAUCCGGAUAGAGCACAGAAUUCCAGCACGGUGACGUGCUCCGCGGACUGGCAUAACAUCCUGACAGUGCUGGUGCCAGGCAUGGACGGACAGGAGUGCUGCUUCGCCCGGCCAAGCCCGGAUCGGCCAAACCCCACUUGAGUGCAAGGGACUCUACACAGUCCGCCUGCAGAGAGCGCUAAUUGCAAACGUUCAUAAACAUAUAACAAUA